AUGAUGGCGCGUUUGCACGGCCGCGUGGUGGCGCGGCGCUCUGGCCUCGUGUUCGCUGCACUGGCUGCUCUCAUGCUCUCAGGUGUGCUCUCUUGCUCGUGGUUAUGCGCUCAUCUUCUCAGUUUUACCCCUCCCUCCUCUAACUCCCCUCCCCCCCUUUCCCCCAUUUCCCAGCCGCAUCAUUUUUUUCGUUUCAAAGAGGCUCUUUCGUGCAACUUGUGCGUCCAAACCCCCCCCCUCUUCAGCCCCUGUGCGCCAAGAACUGCUGCUGUUCGCCUGCCAGCUGCGAGUAACGCCCCCGACCACUCGUGCGUGCAGCGGAACUGUGGCGCCAAUGCGGUGUGCGUGAAGGACAGGGGCAGCGCCACCUGCGUCUGCAACGUUGGAUUCUCCAUGACGCCCACCGGCUGUGUUGGUGAGUCACUGCUGCUGGUGUGUUCUGCUGGUGGUGACUGCUGCUGUAGUGAGUUGUGCUGUGACACGUGUGCACUCAAGGCAUGUGGAGGCAACGCCACGUGCAUCAAGGAUAGUGCUGGGGUGGCGUCCUGUGUUUGUCGUGCUGGCUUCGUGCUGCAGGCUGACAAGAAGACGUGCACUGACACGUGUGUGCUCAAGAGGUGUGGGGGUAACGCCAAGUGUGUGAAGAGCGCUGCAGGAGUGGCGUUCUGUGUGUGUGACACUGGCUUCGUGCUGCAGCCUGAUGGCGUCACGUGCACCGACGCAUGUGCACUCAAGGCGUGUGGUGGAAAUGGCACAUGCAUCAAGGAUGGCACUACUGGAGUGGCGUCCUGUGUGUGUGACACUGGCUUCGUGCUGCAGCCUGAUGGCAUCACAUGCACCGUCGGGAAGUCUCAAAACUCAGUAGCCAUGCGCUGCUGCUGUGAUGCCUCUCUCCCACCCCCCAGACACAUGUGCACUCAAGACCUGUGCUCGGUUUCCACUGUCUUGGCUCGGUGCACUGGCUCGGUUCCCCCACUGGCUCGGUUCCCCGACAGGCUCGGUUCCCCACUCACUCUGUAUCCUCCUUCUCUUUCUCCCUCACCACCACAGGGUGUCAGCGCCUGCCUCGUGUGGGGUCUGCCCUGCAGGAGCCACCUGCACUGUGGUGCCGUUCAGCAAU